AUGGAAGUGUCGAGAGUGGAAGAGAAUCAGCCGGCCGCGACCCGAUCUGCAAAAGAACCCCCGAUUAAGCGUCAAGCCACUGCGGGUAGAGUGUUUGCUUUGGACGCUGAAGUUGGUAAACCUCCAGAAUCGUCUAGAGGUCCUAUCACAGGAACAUUACAUGUUGGUGGUAACCCCACGCAUGUCUUGUUUGACUCGGGAGCAUCACAUAGUUUUGUGACUCCCGAGGUGGUGAUGAGGUUUCGAGAGAUCUAUCCUGUUGAGGAGGUAAGUGUUUCUGUGGUAACCCCAGGAAACCAAAUCCUUAGAUCUUCGACUUGGUGGUAG